UCCGCAAAACAAGAACAGGCGUAGGAGCAUAAGCUUUCUGUUUUCAACGAAUUUAGGAGAAAAUAAAAAUCAUAAAAACAUUGGGGGAAAAAGAGAGAAAAAAAAAUGGCAGAGGAGGGACAAGUGAUCGGUUGUCACACCGUUGAUGCUUGGAACGAGCAGCUUCAGAAAGGAAUUGAAACCAAAAAAUUGAUAGUCGUGGACUUCACUGCUUCUUGGUGUGGUCCCUGUCGGUUCAUUGCCCCAUUCUUGUCAGAAUUGGCCAACAAACUACCCAAUGUUACCUUCUUGAAGGUGGAUGUGGAUGAAUUGAAGUCGGUUGCUACUGAUUGGGCUGUGGAGGCAAUGCCAACUUUCAUGUUCCUCAAGGAGGGUGAUAUCGUCGAUAAGGUUGUAGGAGCUAAAAAAGAGGAGCUGCAGCAGGCAAUUGCCAAGCACAUUGGUAGUGCAUCAGUCUAAUAUGCUUUAUUUCUACACAGACGUAUACGUACGCGUGCAUAGUACAUCCUAAUAUACAUAUCUUGUGACAGUUUUAUCUGUGUGUAUCAGCAAGAACUGAUCUAAUUGGUAAAAUUUGCAUACAUACUAUCCUCCCCAAACCCUACUAUGUCAGAUUAUAUUGGUUAUGUUGUUGUAAUGGGCUUUGGAUUUAUCAAGUUCUUGUUAUAAAGUAUGAUAUUUGGCUUGUUUC